AUGGCGAUCACGUCGCGACUCAUCUUUCUCGCCGCACUCCUGUUUCUCGGGGAAUCGCUGCUCUCUGCAGAAGGCGUCCGGCGGUUAUCGACGAAGCCACUUUGGAAGGCUCUUGAGUCGACUCAAAAGUACCCUCUGCCCUCUGCGAAAGGUCGCGGGCGUACUAAGCCACCUCAAUCUCAGACUGUCGAUUCACCCGCCGGGCCCAUUGACGCGAUUUUUGUCUUCGGCGAUUCGCUUCAGGACGUGGGAAACAAUAACUAUGGCAAGUCCGUGCUUCAGUUCAACAUUCCUCCGUACGGAAAGAACUUCAUUCCGGAGUCAGGUCGCGUGAGCGACGGCAAGCUCGGCAUCGACUUCCUCGCUGAGUGGAUGGGCUUUUCCGCGUCACCUCCGCCGUACUUGGACCCGAACCGGAACGCUACGUUCGGAGUCAACUUCGCCAGCAGCGGAGCGUCAUUCAACGUCACGGGAUACACCUUCCCCGCCUUCCAGGCAUCACAGCAGCUGGAAUGGUUCGACAAGAUCCAGGCGGACGCGGAAGCCGCAGAUGGCGCGGACGCGAGCCUGCCCUCCCCUUCCGUCUUCUCCACAGCGCUCUACGUCGUGGGGCUCGGUUCUAACGACUACUUUGUUCUCUUCUUCGGGGAGAAGAUCGACGAGACGACGCUCCCCAGGAUCACCGCGGGAGGCGCAAAGCAAGUGCAGGCGUUUGCUUCGUCUGUGGUGGCGGCCCUGAAGGCCUACGUGCAAGCUUUGUACAGCCGCGGCGCGCGGCGGUUCCUGCUGUAUGAGAUUCCGCCUCUCGGCUGCCUGCCGUUGUGGAGACAGGCACUGCAGCCGGCGGAGAAGCAGGGGGAGUGCGUGAGCGCGAUGAACGCGUACGCGCAGGAGCAUAACAAGCAGCUCGCUGCUGCUGUUGCUGGGCUGCAAAAGACUCUCAAGGGCUCCACGAUUCUUCUCGCAAAGACGUAUAAUUUUACUGCAAACGCCGUUGCUGACCCGGCCUCUGUUGGGCUUUUCGGAAUCAACGCAUGCUGCGGCGGCCCGCCUCCUCUCAACGGCCUUGUGCAGUGUGGCACGACUGACACCAUUGGUGGUUACAAGAUAACCGCGACGGCGUGCUCCCGCCCCCAGGACAGCAUCUUCUGGGACCGCCUGCAUCCCACUGAGGCCUUCAGUCGUGAGCUGGCCAGGAGCAUCUUCCUGGGCGGCAAGGAAUCGAUUGUGCCUAUGAAUCUGCGCCAGCUAGCGAGCGGCGCGAGCGGGGAGAAGUAG